AUGAAUUUCAAGCUAUCAUUAGGUCUAAUUGCAAUUCUACUACUUAUAAAAUGCACAUUAGGCGACCAUAAGCCUGUGUCUUUUAAAGGAUGCCCUGUAUUUGACAUCAAUAAGCGGGUCUAUGUGAUGCAGAACUCUAGACUAUCUUGGCCUCCAUUCAUAGGAGGCAUUGCUGCUCACAAAAUAUUCACAGAUACAGAAUUCAUUUAUAGCAUGCUGAGAUUACAUUUAUCAGAAGAAGAAUCUUGUAGCUUGCAAUCAGCUAAUGGCCUCAACUUGAUGUUCCCUGCAGCUAUAUGGCUCCCAGAAAAAAAGAUGUACCUUGUUGUAGUUCGACUAUUUCUAAAUCUAACAAAAAGCUAUUUAUACACAAGUUUCUUUGAUUCUGACUGAAGAGAAGUAAUAACAGAGGAUAUGGUGGGUGCUACACAAGUUCCUGGGAUACUUCCUAUUGAGGUUUAUGAUUAUAAUGUAGAGUGCUCUGGACCAGAAGACCCGAGGAUUUUUAGGUUUGGCAAAGAAAUCUAUGUUAUUUAUAACAUGAUCGAUGUUGACCUUAGGAGGAAAAUGUUUCUUUAUCGGUUUGAAACGGGCGAAACCUGGCCUUUAGAAAUUGUUGAGCACACUUGGGGAACAGCUUAUGCAGAGAAGAAUUGGACUCCUUUGAUAGUAGAUGAUGAACAUCUUUAUUUUGUGUAUAAUCUUUAUCUUUAUACUCUCUAGUGGUAUCACUUCACAAGUCAGUCUAUCUCCUUCACCACUUCCAGUUCACCUGCUUCUAUUCAUCGCUCCACCAGCACUUCAUACUUCCACGGCUUCUUUGCUCUUUUCUUCAGUAACCAGGCCCAUCUCUUCUUUCUCCAUCACUUCCAAAUCUUUGCUGUAGCUUUUUCCACUUUUGUUUCUUUCACCAUUCUCAUUGCUUUCAUCGCCUUCACUUUUUCAUUUCUUUCAUGCUGCUUUCAUCACCUUCAUUGCUUUCAUUACUUUCAUCGCUUCCAUUGCUUUAAUUGCUUUCAUUGUUUUCAUUGCUUUCAUUGCUUUCAUUGUUUUCAUUGCUUUCAUUGCUUUCGUUGCUUUCAUUGCUUUCAAUCCUUUCAUUGCUUUCAUUGCUUUCAUUGCUUUCAUUAUUUUCAUUGCUUUCAUUGCUUUCAUUGAUUUCACUCCUUUCAUUGUUUUCAUUGCUUUCAUUGCUUUCAUUGAUUUCACUGCUAUCAUUUCUUCCAUUGCUUUCAUUGCUACUUGAGCCUUCUCUGUUCCUUCAGUCUUCUCGGUUUGCUUCCUUUCUAUAUAGCUGAUUUCGUUGGGUAUUGGCCUAGACGAAUGAGUGGCCAAAAUUAACCCUCGUCAUCUAGCACAACCCUGUUUUGCUUUAGCUAGUCAGAUCCACAGUUCGUCCUUUGCAACGCCAAUUUCUUCUUCUCCAUCAUCAACAUCACUCUCCUCUUCCAUAUCCUCUUCGAUCCCCUCAUCUGCAAGCUCAUUUUCUAAUGCUCUUAUCUCAUCUUCAAGAAACUCAAUUUCCUCCAAAACCAUAUCAGAAUAUUCGGAGUGCUCUGCAUUAGAGGCGUUACUGGUACUGCACAAUCUCUGGCUCAAGGCUAGAGCAGCUUCUUCCAGAUCUGCCUUCUUAUUAAGAAAUCCUCCAUUACCAAAAAUAAAAAGUAUUUUGUGUAUAAUCAUAAAAAUUUUCAAAUAUUGGAUUGCACUAAUAGCCGAAAAGAGCUAUGCAACAGAGUAUCUGGAGAGCCAUAUAGUUUACCUGCCGGCUUAAGGGGCGGCUCACCUUAUGUAAGGUUCGGUUCCUCAAACUAUUUUGUAUCCCUAGGAUAUUCACAUUUAAAGUACAAAAAAGGUAUUGACUGCUGCGUUUUUUACAGACCAACUCUUACAAUUGCGGCAAUUAGCAAAAAUCCAGAUAAAUUUGAUUUAAUUUUUCAAAGCGAACCUAUUGAUUUCCAAAGCCUCUUAUUCCUAUUUAAAAUAAAUAUAAACACUUUUAUAGCAGAAGUCUCCUAUUUUCAUAUAGAAAAUAGGAAACGGUUAAUGAUAAUAGCAAUUUUGAUUUAUUGUGAAUAGGAAUAAUUGAGCCAUUUACUCAAUACAAUUCAACUGAGCAUAUCAAGAUCUGUGAUGCAGGAAGAAUUAUGAUGGCUCUUUCAAUUGCUAACUGGGAUUAUGAAGAGGACGUGGUAGAUAUCACUUUAAAUCUAAAUGACGCAGUAGCGCUGGCUGCUAAAGUUACUGGGCUCACUGAUUUGGCUUUGGAUGUGAUUAGCAUGCAUGAAAAUGGCUCUUUAUAUGGUGGGGAUGAUUGUGUGGAAAAACUUGUGUAUAGACAUUUUGAUUUUGAAGACCCAGAAAUAAGCGCAAGAAACAGCUUAAGAAGAAGGAGGAUGAAGAAAACAGCAGUAGAUAAUAACUAA